GGAUUCCAGUGCAGAGAAGAUAUUUUUGCAUGUUUUCUUCAGUGGUGGAGUACCGGUACUCGUACAGUCAGGAGUCUUCAUACGAAAGCGGACCAUCCUAUUUUUAGGGUUACGGGUACCUCAGCCGGGGCUCGAUGGCCUGUCCUGACUCCUGCCCUUUUUAGCUUGGGGUCCCCUAAAGAAUGGAGUCGAUCCUUCUCUGACGGCUGCAGUAAGAGCGACCUUUGCGAGUGUCUGGUGAAACGUCACGGAGUAAAAAGGAAAGAUCGUGUAGGAGUUUUGCCAUUCAUCAUCGCCUCUGCACCAACAAGUCGCAUCGCAGUGGUGAUUGCAAAGGCUGCCAACCACCGCAUACAGUAUACUCGUACCCGGAAUCUUGACUGUCGUCAUCGGUUCCUAUCUUUUUGCCUUUUACGUUCCCGGCGGCUUGGAAGUUGAAACGACGGCUUCCAGUAAUAAUUGGAAAGACUGGAAGUGCACAUCCCUUCUUGGCACCGGUCAAGGCGCCCGUCUUGGCUUCUAAUUCUAGGGCUCUGGCCUCCUCUAGCCUGUACAGUCAGCACAAUAAUACGAAAUACACCUUCUCCCCUAACUGCAACUCGACCAUCUUCUGCCGUCUCGCCCAACGAAGACGACCUUGACAACGGUCAAGUGUCGACAUUGAAGCCUCGCCAUCUGCAUCUGACCACGUCUCAGUGCCCACCAUGCUCACAUUCAAGAGAGCUCUGAUAGCUGCGGCCGUCUUCUUGACCAUGAUCUACCUCGUCACUCGAUCGCAUCCCUCCCCACAUCCAUACCGAGAACACUCGGCAUCCAGCGAUGCUGCGCACAAGUCCGUAAAAGGGGACAAAUCAGCAAAGGCAGGUUCAACAACGCCUGCCUCGAGCGACUCAGGCAAGAUGGCUGCCACACAGGGGAAGACAUCCCAGAAGCCAUUGGUAGAUUUCGCCAAAGCCUCAUUACGGGAGAAGUUGGCAUACCAAUUCCAGUAUGAUGUCGAGGCCAAGUUCCCAGCAUAUAUUUGGCAGACUUGGAAAUACACACCAGCGUCAGGAGAGUUUGGGGAGAACUUUCGUCCAGCAGAGGCAAGCUGGUCAGAGAAGCAUCCGGGCUUCAUUCACGAAGUCAUCACGGAUCAGGUCGCAGUUCAUCUGAUACGCCACCUGUAUGCAUCCGUGCCAGAAGUGCUCGAGGCUUAUAACGUCCUUCCAGUUCCGGUGUUGAAAGCUGAUUUCUUUCGCUACCUGAUUCUGCUGGCCAGAGGUGGCAUUUAUUCCGAUAUCGAUACUCACGCUCUCAAAUCCGCUUCCGAAUGGCUCCCAGACAAUGUUCCUAGAAAUAAAAUUGGUUUGGUUAUCGGCAUUGAGGCGGACCCAGACCGCGAAGAUUGGGCAGAGUGGUAUUCUCGUAGAAUCCAAUUCUGUCAAUGGACCAUUCAGUCCAAACCAGGACAUCCAGUCCUAAGAGAAAUCGUGGCCAACAUCACGGAACAGACAUUGAAAAGGGCAAAGGAUGGAUCGUUGAAGGUUUUCGAAGACAAGAAUGGGGACAAGAAUGUCAUUGAAUUUACUGGACCUGCCGUAUGGACGGAUAUUAUUUUCGAUUUCUUGAACGACGAGCGAUACUUUGACUUGUCUGGUUCAAAGAGCAACAUCACUUGGAGAGAAUUUACAGGAAUGAAGACUUCGAGAAAGGUUGGAGACGUGGUUGUUUUACCCAUUACAGCUUUCAGUCCGGGUGUGCAACAAAUGGGCGCUGGAGAGUACGAUGAUCCUGGAGCUUUCGUGAAGCACGAAUUUGAGGGUAUGUAUUCAUCUUCUAUUUCUCCAAAAUUCCAUCUAAUAAUCCCCGCAGGAACCUGGAAACCAGAACAUCUCAGGCACAUCGGAAUCAUCAUCGAAUAGAGGGAUUGCUACCCUCACGAACCCCACGUCCUCUCUAGGACCAUCUCAUUGUAUAUUAUCCGACUCGCCCACAUGCGUCGUCUACAUCAUCGACGCCUUUUUCAUCGUACCCAUUUAAUUUGAUUGCAUUAGCGACAUGGCAUCCAAUUUCGGUCACCCAGUAGCAACACGCGGUCUUAUCAGCGAGCGAGCGAGCACAGAGCGGAGUUUUUUCCUCGGUUCUAUUUUCCUUUUGUCCUUUUCUUGCGCAUGGAAUCUAGAGUCUAGGGAGGUUUCAUUGAGGAGUUUUUGAGUGGGAAGGGGCUUGUUUGUUUGUGAGCACGCCAUUUUCUGGAUCCGGAGUGUAAUACUUUGUCGAUUCAUAAGAGGACUGGGACUGUUGGAAAUAGGAAAAGGUCGUUUACACUUGGGAAUCGAAAAGUCCUGGUUUUUGUUUUCUUGGAUCAAUGGGACGGAGGGAAUUGAGGGCGUGGAGGAAGAACAGGGGGUGAGCAGAUAUGGGGACACGAGUUUUUCAAGAGCUGAAGUCUUGUGUGUUAGUUUUCGGAAGGGGGUUGAUGGGGUGUAAUAGAUGUCCCGUGUCUUUGGGGAUUGGUCGAAGCGAGGAUUUCAAUGGAAAGCUGGGCGAUUUAGAUGCUCGAGCUGGUAGAUGGAAUGAAAUAGUGUGUCUACCUA